AUGAGUAAUCACAAUCACAUGGUUGUAUAUGUCGAUGGAUUGAUGCGUCCGGUCCCGUUAACUCCGGUGCCGGAGCCGAGGGUGGAGGAUAAGGCAAUUGAUAUCUACGACGGAGAUACCACGGAGGAGGAAGAGGGUUCGCUGAUUUGGUCGGCGGAGUGUCGUAUUUGUCAAGAGGAGUCUGCUAUUAAGAAUCUCGAGAGUCCAUGUGCUUGCAAUGGAAGCCUAAAGUAUGCUCAUAGGAAAUGUGUUCAACAUUGGUGUAAUGAAAAGGGAAACACAAUAUGCGAGAUCUGUCAUCAGCCAUACCAAGCUGGAUAUACCUCUCCACCACCUCCACUUCAAUCUGAAGAAACUACUAUUGACAUUGGGGGAGGAUGGACAAUCUCAGGGUUGGAUUUACAUGAUCCACGACUCCUGGCAAUCGCAGAAGCUGAACGCCAGAUUUUAGAGUCGGAGUAUGAAGAUUAUACAGCUCCAGAUACCAGUCUAGCUGCAUUUUUCCGCAUAUCUGCUCUAAUAAUGAUGACUCUUCUAUUGCGAUGCGCACUGACUAUACCAGAUUAUGCAGAUGGCGAAGAUGAGGACACUUCUUCAAUACUUUCUCUUUUCUUACUCAGAGCUGCCAGUUUUCUUCUUCCUUGCUACAUCAUGGCAUCAGCCAUAAGUAUCUUGCAUCGGCGAAGACAAAGACAGGAAGCAGCGGCUUUGGCCACCCGGUUUGCCUUGGUACUCGGCUCAAAUCAACCUAGAGCCGUGAUAAAUUAUUUGUCGAUGGAGCCCUGA